AUGGCCCCGUCCAACGAGACUAUUACCGUCGAGUCGCUCCCGGAGCUUCUCAAGGAUGAUACCAAGGUAAAGCUGGCCGGCAUCGACGUCGAUGGCAUGUUGCGCGGCAAGCUCGUGUCUAAGAGCAAAUUCCUGUCAGUCGCCAAGUCUGGUUUUGGCUUCUGUUCCGUAAUCUUCGGAUGGGACAUGCAUGACAUGACAUACAUCAAGGAACUCAAGAUCAGCAACGCCGACAACGGCUAUCAUGAUCUAAUGGCCAUUCCCGAUCUCUCUAGCUUUCGUCGCAUUCCGUGGGAGAACAACGUGCCCUUCUUCUUGGUCAGCUUCUAUGAUCCGGAUACCCAGAAGCCCAUCUGCGUGUGCCCUCGCGGAUUGUUGAAAACAGCCUUGGAAAAGUUACAGACGAAGGGCUACGGUGCCAUGGCCGGAGCCGAGUACGAGUUCUACCAGUUCAAGGCACCUGCUCGCUCUUCCGAAGCCACGAGCUCCACGGCCGGAUAUUUGCAAGAGAACCCCCCACAAGCUUUGCCAUCCCUUACCGAGGGUAUGUUUGGUUACAGCUUAACAAGGACCGUUCAUAACAACGACUACUUUUAUGACAUCUUUGAGACAUGCUCGCAGUUCAAGUGUGACAUUGAGGGCUGGCACACCGAGAGUGGCCCAGGUGUCUUCGAGGCGGCCCUCGAGUUUGGAGAGAUUCAACAGAUGGCCGACAGGGCUAGCUUGUUCAAGUACGUUGUCAAGUCGGUCGCAACAAAAUAUGGCAUCACCCCUUGCUUCAUGGCCAAACCAAAGCAAGGCUUGCCUGGAAACAGCGGUCACAUGCACGUUUCCAUCGUCGACAAGGAGGGCAAGAACCUCUUUGCGCGGGAGACGAAGGACGAGAACCCGCCUUACCCGGAUGUUGCUGGACUUUCAGACAUGGGCCGUCAUUUCUUGGCUGGCCUUCUCGAGGGUCUCCCUGAUGUUAUGCCUCUACUGGCUCCUACGGUGAACUCGUACAAACGUCUGGUUGAGAACUUCUGGGCACCCGUGACGGUCUCGUGGGGCUUGGAGCAUAGGGCCGCAUCAAUUCGCCUCAUUGCCCCUCCUACAUCGAAACCAGGCGCAACCCGUUUCGAGGUCCGCGUUCCCGGCGCUGACACAAAUCCGUCUUUUGUGCUGGCAGCAAUCCUUGCUCUUGGCUGGCGAGGCGUUGAGAAGAAGCUGGAAAUUCCCGUCCCGCCUUUGGGCAAGGGCCAAGAUGUCGGCGGUAGCAAUGAUAAGGGUAUCAGGCUCGCAAAGAGUCUGCGCGAAGCAAAUGAUCGGUUCAAGCGGAAGGAGAGUAUCGCUAGAGAAGUUUUUGGAGAUGAUUUUGUCGACCACUUUAGUGGAACAAGAGAUCAUGAGAUCCGGCUUUGGGAUGAAGCUGUGACGGACUGGGAGGUCAAGCGAUAUAUUGAGACGGUCUGA